CGCGCAUGCGCGACAGAAAUAACGGUGACAACAAAAAGUGCAAAGAGAGAGAGACAGAGACCAGCUCGACCGGUUCUCUAUUUCCAUUCCGCUUUAAGUGAACCGUUAUUUGGGUACGGAGUCGCAAUGUCCUCGCAGACCAGGAAGAGGGGAAUUCUGCAGGACAAGAAGAGAAGCAUUCCGAAGGAUAACGGGGAGCAAAUAAAUGCGGUGGACUCAGUGAAGCGCCAGUGCCCCGACAGAGCCCGGAGACACGUCGCUGCUCUGAUCCUGGCUAGGGGAGGCAGCAAAGGCAUCGUCCUGAAGAACAUCAAGAUGUUAGCCGGGAUUCCGCUCGUCGGCUGGACGCUGAGAGCAGCGAUAGACGCUAACGUUUUUGACAGUGUGUGGGUCUCCACUGACCACGAUGAGAUCGAGAAGGUGGCCAAAUCUUUCGGAGCUCAGGUCCAUCGCAGAAGUCCUGAAGUUUCCAAAGAUUCUUCUUCAUCACUGGAAACUAUUCAGGAGUUUCUCCGACUCCACAAAGAGAUAGACGUGAUCUGUAACAUCCAGGCGACGUCUCCGUGUCUCCAACCCUUCCAUGUAAAGGAGGCUCUGGAGAUGAUCACGCUCCACGGCUACGAUUCAGUUUUCUCCGUGGUCAGGAAGCAUCACUUCCGCUGGGAGGAGGUGAAAAAAGGAAGCGGGAACCACACCAGACCUUUGAACCUUGACCCAACCAACCGACCUCGGCGCCAGGACUGGGACGGAGAGCUGUGUGAGAACGGCUCCCUGUACUUCACCACCAAAGACGUUGUUGUGAACAAAGGCUCUCUCCAGGGAGGUGUAGUUGGAUACUAUGAGAUGAAACCUGAGUACAGUGUGGACAUUGACGUGGACAUAGACUGGCCUGUAGCAGAGCAGAGGGUUCUGAGGUACGGUUACUUUGGUCAGGUCACUCCAGAGGUCGUCCGUCUGAUGUUCUGCAGCAUCUCUGGCUGUUUGACAGAUGGAAAUAUCCUCAUGUCAGCAUCAGGAGAAGAGAUGGUGUCCAUUCAGUACAGAGACACCCAGGGCCUACGGAUGCUGCAGGAAGAGAAGGUGGAGGUGGUGCUGUUGCAGUCCAGCCUGGACCCUCUGUCCCAGGAGUUGGCAGACAAACUGUCCAAGAGGACAGGCUGCCAGGUUCUGCAGGUGGGGGAGAGACCACUGAAUGAUCUGCAGAGCUUCGUGGAGCAGAGGAAGCUAGAGUGGAAGGAUGUGGCCUACAUGGGAAGUGACAGGGCCGAUGUCAACUGUCUGAACCUGGCUGGUCUGAGUGCAGUGCCUGGAGAUGCUCCAGAGGUGGUGCUGAAUGCUGCCAAGUACACCUGCCACAAAGAUGGGGGAGCAGGAGCCGUGAGGGAGUUCUCUGAGCACAUACUGCUGCAGAGGCAGAAAGCUGAGUCGGCACUGAAGCAGGAUCGCAUUGAUUCAUGUAGCAAAUAAGAAGAAAACCAAACAAGUGUUUAUGUUAUAGUGAUAUGAAAAGGUAGUGUGAAAGGUCAAAGGUCAAGACUCACAGUGUGUCUUUGAUUUUCACACAGCCACCAGAUAGUGAUUGCAUUUCUUAAAGGAAGUAAUUUCAAACCCCAAAAAACAUUACAGACAUGAGAAACUUUUGAUUUACCUGUAACUCUGAAUGCCUCUGCUCAUGUGACCUUUAUGGAAGAUUUCUGUUUUUGUUCCAGUUUUGAAACUGGCAUUUCCUGUGUGGAGACUGAACUCUGUACCAGGAACCACUCAAAAUUCAUUUAAAAUUAAGAGAACCAUGUGGGCUCUCCUGACUGGACCUAGGUUUAGUAACAAGGAAUAGUACCAGGAACUGCAUGUGGUUUUCUUAAACAGUACCAAGAACCACAGACUUACAGGAACUAAGUGUGUUUUUUGCUGCAGGAACUCAUAUCUGGAUCAAGUAGCAGGACCAGCACAAUUUGGUAUUACACCUGCAGGAACUAGUACCAGCUAGAGACAGUACCAGCAGGUAUGUGUAUAAGCAGAGCAGGAAAUAUCCAGGAAUGUAAGAAACUACAUGAACUUCAAACGCAUACCCACACUGAGAAGAACAGUGGCAGAAAUUAGGAACAGUUCCAGGAACUAGAUGAAAAGCAAUAUGGCUGUUUUCAAGGAACAAUCUAGGAACAGAUUUUUUUACAGCCUUCACAACACAAUAGAUGCACCGGGAUCUUUAAGUCUUUCUUUCCUACCAAAUGUUCCUGGUACUGUGCAGCUGUUAAUGCAUAUGGACAUGUGUUUCUCACACCCUUCACCAUAUGCUGAAAAAGACUGAAACAACACCAGGGUUGUUAACACUACUGCUGGUUUAGUUGUUAUGCUGAUCACACUUUUAAUAUCACUGAUGGAAACUUGUUUUUAAUGGAACUGGUUAAAUUACCAACACUUUAAGGAGUGUUGGAGUGAAACCAAACAAGACUUUAAAAUUACAGGUAUUUUGUCAAGAGAUGCUUUACGAUUGUAUUGUUAAUUUUAAAUACCACACUUCAUGUUUUAGAGUAACUGAAGCUGCUGCUGCUUUUAGCUGAACUAAUCCCAAGGUCUGGAGUUUAUUGUGACUUUAUCUUUAUGAAACAUUUAAAAUAAUUGUAUUUUUUAAAUUAAACAAACAGUUAAACCAGCUCAUCAAAUUCAUCCUAAAGACCUCUGUUAGAGGGAUUAUGUCACACAGUGUCAGUGCAUUUGUGUCCAUCACAGGAAAUGAGCUCACUUUAGCUGGAAGGGUUAAACCAAUGACUGCACAGGUUCAACUGUCCCUCGAAACAGUGUGUGUUAUUUUUUAAAUGUUUCUGUAUAAUCAUGUUAUGAGAUGAAUGUUAUUUUUAAUUAAUUUAAGGUCUUUAUAUUUCGACAGUCAAAUAUCCUCAUAUUUCCAUUUGUCUCUGUGAAAACAAUGAAGUUGAAUGAAGAAAGACAAAUACUGAAAGUGUCUCUGUGCUGUUGUUUAAUCAUAAUUGAAUCUUUUAACUGUCUUUACUGAC